AUGUCACACAGAAACACAUCAGCAAAAGAUGCUCCCCUGUACGGCGCCCCCAAGCCUGCAAAGAGGCAAAAGUCUGGCCGCCAAAUCUCGUCGUCCAACACGCUCGCCUUUACUUCGCAGCUGCAGUCCCUGAUCUCAGCCGGCCCCAACUCCUCCGCCAAUCCCAGUCGCUCAUUCGCAUCACGACCACGUCCCAAGAAGGAAGACAUCUUUGCCUCACACAACCGGAAUGUCAAGAAACGUGCCGCUAGAGAUCUCGAUGACGACUCUCCCGCCUUUGACCAAAAGCACAGCACAUCAUCCGAAGCUCUAGAUUCCUCAGCAUGGCACCGCUCCAAGCGGAAGAUGGAAGAGAAGGCUCGCCUCUACGCUGCCAUGAAACGAGGCGACGUCGGCGAUGACAACGACACUCAUCUGGUCGACUUUGAUCGUAAAUGGGCCGAUCACCAAGACAAACAGCUAUCCGAUCAGUCUUCUUCAGAGGAUGAAUCCGACAGCGACAAGGAGAUGGUAGAGUGGGAGGACGAGUUCGGUCGCACACGUACAGGCACUGCUGCCCAACGCGCCCGCGAACAACGACUCGCCCAGCUAGGCUCAGAAGCUGCUUUGCGCUCGCGACCAGACAUGCCCACAAACCUCAUUAUUGGCGAUACCGUCCAAGCAGCUGCCUUCAACCCAGACGAGCCAGUCGCUCAACAAAUGGCCGAACUAGCAGCCAAACGUGACAGAUCCCUCACACCUCCCCCAGACACCCAUUUUGACGCUUCGAAGGAGAUCAGACAGAAGGGUGUUGGUUUCAUGCAAUUCAGUCUCGAUGACCAAGAACGCAAGAAGCAAUUCGAGAAUCUUGAGAUGGAGCGAGCCGAGACUGAAAGAGUUCGUGCUGAGCGUGAGAAAAGAAUCAAAGACCGUAAAGACGAGAUUGAGAGACGAAGAAACGCAAUCAGACAGAAACGGGGCAAGAUAGAAGCUGACGAUUUCUUGUCUGGCUUGGGUCAGGAAUUGAACGCUCGACCUACAGACGAAGAACAGAAAGAAGAGCCGGCGACUGAGGAGUCGUAG